AGCUGCGGGCCCCCGGGGAGCCACUCCAGCGGGAGCACUUCCAGGUGCUGGUGCGGAUCCGGGCGGGCACCGAGAACGCGGCACCCAAGCCCAGCUUCGUGGCCAUGCUCAUGAUGGAGGUGGACCAGUUCGUGCUGACCGCCCUGACGCCCGACAUGCUGGCGGCUGAGGAUGCCGAGUCGCCCGCCGACCUGCUGCUCUUCAAUGUCACCUCACCUCUGGGCCCUGGGCAGGGCUGCUUGGUGAGCACGGAUGACCGGAGCCUGCCUGUGACCACCUUCAGCCAGCGGGACGUGCAGGAGCUGCGCAUCGCCUACCAGCCACCCUCUCAGGACUCAGAGCACGAGCGCCUCUUCGAGCUGGAGCUGGAGGUGCUGGACCCUGAGGGCGCUGCCUCGGAGCCCUUUGCCUUCAUGAUUGUGGUGAAGCCCAUGAACACGCUGGCACCCGUCGUCACCCGCAACACAGGGCUGCUGCUCUAUGAGGGGCAGUCACGGCCGCUGGCCGGGCCAGCCACCGAGCCCAGCCUGGUCAUCAGCGAUGAGGAUGACCUGGAGCAGGUGCGGGUGAGCGUGGUGGCGGGGCUGAGGCAUGGCCACCUUGUCCUGCUGGAGGAGCCCGGCAUGGGUAAGCCCCAGGCUGCAGCUGCUGCACCUCGCAAGCACUUCACCGUGGGAGAGCUGGAGGCCAGAAGGAUCAUCUACCAGCAUGACGGCAGUGAGUCACCACUCAGUGACAACCUGGUGCUGCGGCUGGAGGACAGCGGUGCCCGGCACCGUGUUGAGUUUCUUUUCCCCAUCACCCUGGUGCCUGCUGAUGACCAGCCACCCCUUCUUAAUGCCAACACUGGAUUGGACCUGGCGGAGGGCGACAUGGUGCCCAUCCCCACACGUGCCCUCAGCGCCACCGACAUUGACUCGGACAAUGCUGUGCUGCAGUUUGUACUGGAAUCAGGCCCCUCUGCAGGGCAGCUGCUGCUCCGCCAGGAUCAGCCACCCCCUGGCUGGGAGGAGGAGGGUGGGAGAUCCCACUGGCAGAGGGUGCCAGGCCUGCUUGGGGGGCCCCCGGUAUAUGAAAGACCAGUGAAUGAGUGGCUGCAGCAGGACAUUGUGGAGGGCCAUCUCUUCUACCGGCACCUCGGCUCCCACAGCCCCGGCCCUGGGGUGGUGCUGGAUCAAUUCACCUUUAGAGUGCAGGAUGACAAUGACCCACCCAACCGCUCUGGGCCACAGAGCUUUGUGAUCCGGGUUCACCCGGUGGACCGGCUACCCCCAGAACUGUUUAGUGGCAGCAGCCUGCACCUAGUGGUGGCAGAGCAGCAGGUGACCCCACUGCGGAGGAAGCACCUGCGCUACACAGACCAGGACUCUGGGGACCGGGAGCUGCGCUAUACUGUCACCCAGCCCCCCACCGACACUGACACCAACCACCCCCAGGGGGUCCGUCUGGGGUCCCUGGUGCUCACUGAUGACCACUCAGUGGAGGUGACCCAUUUCACCCAGGCCCAGAUCAACCACCACAAGAUUUCCUACCAGCCCCCGCAGGAGGAGCUGGGGGUGGCUCCCCGCCUGGCCCAGUUCCGAUACAUAGUGGAGGAUGUGGCUGGUAAUGCAGCUGAAGGCACUUUCACUAUUUACCUGCAGCCUGUUGACAACCAGCCACCUGCAAUCACCAACACUGGCUUCACUGUGCCUGAAGGAGGCAGUCAUGUCCUGAGCCUAAAUGAGCUGGAUGCCAGGGACACGGACACUGAGCCCAACCAUCUCCGGUUCAUUCUGACCCAGGCUCCUUGGUACGGGCAGUUGCAGCUCUCUGGGCACAGAUUGCCCAUGGGAGCAACCUUUGGCCUUGAGGAUAUCAGACAAGGCAGGGUGGCUUAUACACACAGUGGGGCAGAGUCCAGUGGUGAUGUUUGCAGCCUGGACGUGAGCGAUGGGGUCCAUGCAGUCCCCAUUGUGUUGAAGGUGACUGUACACCCUGUGGAUGAUGAGGUGCCCACUUUAAGACUACCCCCAGGCACCCUUGGUUCCUACCUGGAUGUGUUGGAGAAUGGUGCUGCUGAGAUCACCACUAAUGUCAUCCAAGGCACGGAUGAAGAUACAGAUGACUUGAUGCUGACUUUCAUUGUGGAGGAUCCUCCUCAGCAUGGGGACAUCCUGGUUCAUGGGGUGCCUGCAGAGAGGUUUUCCCAGAGGGAGGUGCUGGAUGGGGCAGUGGUGUAUGCUCACACUGGUGGUGAAAUAGGACUGCUCCCCAAAGAAGAUGCCUUCAACCUCACCCUAUCCGACAUGUCUGAGGAGUGGAGCAUUGGGGGUAAUAUUGUUCAGGGGGUGUCAGUCCUGGUGACCAUUCUCCCCGUUGACAGCCAAGCCCCAGAAAUUUUUGUGGGGGAACAUUUCAUGGUGGUAGAGGGUGACAAAAGGGUUAUUACAUCCUCUCAUCUAAGAACUGAGGAUAUGGACACUCCAACUGAUGAUAUACUUUGCACCAUUGUUGCUCAGCCCACCUCCGGUUAUGUAGAGAACAUCUCUCCAGCCCCGGGAUCAGAAAAAUCGAGAGCAGGUACAGCCAUAAGUGCCUUCACUUUUAAAGACCUCAGACAAGGACAUAUUUAUUAUGUUCAAAGCAUCCAUAAGGGGGUGGAACCUAUUGAAGACAGGUUCACUUUCCGCUGCUCUGAUGGCAUUAACUUUUCUGAAAGGCACUUCUUCCCCAUUGUCAUCAUCCCAACCAAUGAUGAAGAACCCGAAAUCUUUAUGAGAGAGUUUGUUGUCAUGGAAGGCAUGAGCCUGGUUAUUGAUACUCCCAUCCUCAAUGCAGUAGACGGGGACAUCCCUGCUGAUGAGCUGACCUUCACUAUCACCAGGUUUCCCAGUCAUGGCCACAUCUUGAACCAGCUGAUCAAUGGGACAGUCCUAGUGGAGAGCUUUACUCUGGAUCAGAUAACUGAGAGCUCCAGCAUCAUGUAUGAACAUGAUGACUCUGAGACAAAGGAAGACAGUUUUGUGGUAAAACUCUCAGAUGGUAAACAUACUGCAGAGAAAACUGUGCUCAUCCUGAUUAUUCCAGUAGAUGAUGAGACACCCAGAAUGACCAUCAAUGAUGGACUGGAAAUUGAAAUCAGGGAAACAAAAAUUAUUCACAACAGAAUCCUGAAAGCUACUGAUCUAGAUUCUGAAGACAAAACUUUGACUUACAUUAUAAGGUAUGGGCCAAGACAAGGGCUCUUACAAAGAAUAAAGCCUUUGGGUGAGGUUCAGAAUAUCACACUGGGAAUGAACUUUACCCAAGAUGAAGUGGACAGAAACUUAAUUCGGUAUGUGCAUUUUGGCCAAGAGGGUAUUCGGGAUCUCAUCAAGUUUGAUAUAACAGAUGGCAUAAAUCCUUUCAUUGACCGCUACUUUUAUGUGACCAUUGGCAACACUGAUAUUGUCUUUCCAGAUGUGAUUAGCAAAGGGGUUUCCCUGAAGGAAGGGGGGAGAGUAACACUUACUACAGACUUGCUGAGCACCAGUGACUUGAACAGCCCAGAUGAGAACUUGGUUUUCACUAUUACCAGGCCACCUGUUCGUGGUCAUCUUGAAUGCACAGACCAGCCUAGUGUACGCAUCACAACCUUUACUCAGCUUCAGUUGGCAGGCAAUAAAAUUUACUACAUUCACACUUCAGAAGAUGAGGUGAAAAUGGAUAGUUUUGAGUUUGAAGUAACCGAUGGUUAUAAUCCAGUGUUUCGCACCUUCCGUAUUUCCAUUAGUGAUGUGGACAACAAAAAGCCAGUGGUCACAAUACAUAAUCUGGUAAUGAGUGAAAAUGAAAAUAAGCUGAUCACACCUUUUGAAUUGACUGUGGAGGACAGAGAUACACCUGAUACGUUGCUAAAAUUUAUCAUCACCCAAGUACCAGUUCAUGGUCAGGUUAUGUUCAAUAACACCAAACCAGUCACAUCCUUUAGCAAACAAGAUCUGAAUGAAAAUCUUAUCAGCUACAAGCAUGACGGCACAGAGUCCACUGAAGAUAGCUUCUCUUUCACAGUUACAGAUGGCACCCACACUGACUUUUACGUCUUCCCCAACACUGUAUUUGAAACAAGAAGACCCCAAACAAUGAAAAUUCAGAUAAUGUCUGUGGACAGUAGUGUACCUCAGGUUAUAAUAAACAAAGGAGCCCCAACUCUCCGUGUAUUAGCUACUGGCCACUUGGGUUUUAUGAUUACCAACAAAGUGCUCAAAGUGGAAGACAGAGACAGCUUGCACGUUACCCUCAAGAUCAGCAUCACGGAGGCCCCUCGCCAUGGCUUCCUGAUUCACCUUGGAAAAGGCAACCAUAGUAUCAGUCAGUUCACACAAGCUGAUGUAGAUGACAUGAAGAUAUGCUACAUUUUAAGAGAAGGUGAUAAUGCAACAAGUGACAUUUUCUACUUUUCUGUUGAAGAUGGUGAAUCUCAAGAUACUUGUCAGUGGAGCAGAGUACUAAGAGGCAAUAAGCUUAAGGGUCAGCAUUUUCGAUUGAACUGGGCCUGGAUCUCCCUAGAGAGAGAAUAUUACUUGGUAAAUGAAGACUCAAAAUAUCUAGAUGUCAUUCUUAAACGGAGAGGUUACUUGGGAGAAACUUCAUUUAUUAGCAUUAGCACUAGAGAUGGUACAGCUGAGAAAGAUAAGGACUUUAAAGGAAAAGCACAGAAGCAAGUGCAGUUCAAUCCUGGCCAAACCUUAGCUACAUGGAGGGUGCGGAUUUUGAGUGAUGGUGAACAUGAGCAAUCAGAGACCUUUCAAAUUGUGCUUUCUGAGCCAGUCAUGGCUGUUCUAGAGUUUCCUGAAGUGGCUACAGUGGAGGUGAUUGACCCGGGAGAUGAAUCAACUGUCUUUAUACCUCAGUCAGUCUACACCAUUGAAGAAGAUAUUGGUGAACUGUUCAUUCCAGUCAGAAGAAGUGGAGACGUUAGCCAGGAAUUAAUGGUUAUCUGCUAUACCCAGCAAGGCACAGCAACUGGUACUGUUCCAACAUCUGUGCUGUCCUACUCUGACUACAUAUCCAGGCCUGAGGACCAUAACAGCAUUAUACGGUUUGACAAGGAUGAAAGGGAGAAAAUGUGUCGUAUUGUCAUCAUAGACGAUUCCUUGUAUGAAGAGGCUGAGACAUUUGAUGUUCUUCUGAGCAUGCCAAUGGGUGGAAGAAUUGGUUCAGAAUUCCCAGGAACUCAGAUUACAAUCGUGCCUGACAAAGAUGAUGAACCAGCUUUCUACUUUGGAGAUGAUGAAUACUAUGUAGAUGAAAGUGCUGGCUUCGUUGAGGUGCACGUCUGGAGAACAGGAACAGAUCUCUCUAAAUCUGCUACUGUUACAGUGAGGUCUCGCAAAUCUGAACCGGUAACUGCAGAGGCUGGGGUAGAUUAUGUAGGUAUCAGCCGUAAUUUGGAUUUUGCACCCGGAGUUAACAUGCAGACUUUCCGUGUGGUCAUUCUGGAUGACCUUGGACAGCCAGUGCUAGAGGGAGUUGAGAAGUUUGAGCUUGUGCUAAGAAUGCCCAUGAGUGCCACCCUUGGAGAACCAAGCAAAGCCACUGUCUUCAUCAAUGACUCAGUCUCUGAUUUGCCUAAGAUGCAAUUUAAAGAGCCUGUAUACACAAGCAAUGAAAAUGAUGGAGAGAUUUCUGCCAUGAUAUACAGGAGUGGGGAUACCCGCUACACAUCUACAGUGCGAUGUUACACUCGGCAGGGAUCAGCCCAGGUAAUGAUGGACUUUGAAGAGCGUCCUAACACUGACAGUUCCACCAUCACCUUCCUCCCUGGUGAGACUGAGAAACCUUGCACCCUUGUCCUUAUGGAUGAUACUGUCCAUGAAGAAGAAGAGGAGCUGCGUCUGGUUCUUGGCACACCACAAAGUGAUUCUUUCUUUGGUGCUUCUGUUGGUGAACAAAAUGAAACCUUAAUAAAGAUCAGAGAUCACGCAGAUAAGGCUAUUAUUACAUUUGGAGAGACUAAAUUUAGUGUAAGUGAACCAAAAGAUGCAGGAGAACUGACAGUGGUAAAAAUUCCAGUGCUUCGUUUGGGUGAUACAUCAAAGGUCUCCAUUGUGAGAGUUCACACAAAGGAUGGCUCUGCUACAUCAGGAGAAGACUACCACCCUGUGUCAGAAGAAAUUGAAUUCAAGGAAGGUGAAACGCAGCACUUUGUGGACAUUGAAAUUCUUUUUGAUGGAGUUAGAGAAAUGAGAGAAGCCUUCACUAUUCAUCUGAAGCCUGAUGAGAACAUGGUGGCAGAGAUACAGACAACUAAGGCCAUUGUAUACAUUGAAGAAAUGAACAGCAUGGCAGAUGUUACCUUCCCCUCAAUCCCUCAAGUUGUAUCCCUUUUGAUAUAUGAUGAUACUUCCAGAACCAAAGAAAGAAUUAAUCCGGUGGCUGGCUAUCCUGUUGUCUGUAUCACAGCUUGCAAUCCUAAAUAUGCAGAUUAUGACAAGACAGGUUCGAUAUGUGUGAGCGAAAAUAUCAACAACACCCUGACUCGUUACCGAUGGCUGGUUAGCGCACCCACUGGCUCUGAUGGUGUAACCAGCCCCAUGAGAGAAGUUGAUUUUGAUACUUUCUUCACUUCAUCCAAGUUAAUCACACUGGACUCCAUUUACUUCCAAGCGGGGUCCAGGGUCCAAUGUGCAGCCCGUGCUGUGAAUUCAGAUGGAAAUGAAGGCCUGGAGCUCAUGAGCCCUAUUGUAGCAAUAAGCAUGGAUGAGGGUCUUUGCCAGCCUCGUAUCCCAGGAGUAGUUGGAGCAGAACCAUUUUCUGCCAAGCUGCGCUAUACUGGCCCAGAAGAUCCCGACUAUACAAAUCUCAUAAAGUUGACUGUCACAAUGCCACACAUUGAUGGCAUGCUGCCCAUUAUCUCUACAAGAGAACUGUCCAACUUUGAGUUAACCCUCAGCCCUGAUGGAACUCGAGUUGGAAACCACAAGUGCUCUAACCUUUUGGACUACACAGAAGUGAAGACUCACCAUGGUUUUUUGACUGAUGCUACCAAAAAUCCAGAUGUGAUUGGAGAGACCAUUCCCUAUCAAUAUAGUGCAACGAUCAGGGGCUCCAAUACCUUACGCUUCUACCGAAAUCUGAACUUGGAAGCCUGUUUAUGGGAGUUUGUUAGCUACUAUGACAUGUCUGAGCUCCUCACUGAUUGUGGAGGCACCAUUGGUACAGAUGGACAGGUCCUCAACCUAGUGCAGUCCUACGUGACCUUGCGAGUCCCUUUGUAUGUCUCAUACGUUUUCCAUUCGCCAGUGGGGGUAGGUGGUUGGCAGCAUUUUGACCUUCAGUCUGAACUUCGGCUGACUUUUGUAUAUGACACUGCCAUCUUGUGGAAGGAUGGAAUCGGUAGCCCACCUGAAGCAGAACUUCAGGGUUCUCUCUACCCAACUAGCAUGCGCAUCAGUGAAGAAGGGCGCUUAGUUGUCAACUUUAAGACUGAAGCCCGAUUUCAUGGCUUGUUUGUGAUGUCUCACCAAGCAUCCUCUCUGAGUUCCAUGGUCAUGUCAGCUGAUCACCCAGGCCUAACAUUUAGCCUCAGCCUCGUGCGAAGUGAGCCAACCUACAACCAACCCAUCCAGCAAUGGAGCUUUGUUUCAGAUUUUGCGGUACGAGACUAUUCUGGAACAUAUACCGUGAAGGUGAUAGCUUGUACUACUGCACCUCAUCAAGAAUAUAGUCUCCCAGUGAUCUGCAAUCCUCAAGAACCGAUUACAUUUGACCUUGAUAUUCGAUUCCAACAGGUCAGUGAUCCAGUGGCUGCUGAGUUCAGCUUGAAUACCCAGAUGUACCUCCUUUCUAAGAAGAAUCUCUGGUUAUCUGAUGGAUCAGUGGGAUUUGGACAGGAGAGCGAUGUUGCUUUCACAGAAGGUGAUAUUAUAUAUGUUCGGGUGAUGGUGGAUCCAGUGCAGAACUUGGGUGAUUCCUUCUACUGUAGCAUUGAGAAGGUUUUCCUUUGUACUGGAGCUGAUGGAUAUGUACCCAAGUACAAUCCACCUGACACUGAAUAUGGCUGUUUAGCUGAUUCUCCAUCCCUCUUAUACAGAUUUAAGAUAGUGGACAAAGCUCAGCCUGAAACACAAGCCACAAGCUUUGGGGAUGUCCUUUUUAAUGCAAAACUAGCAAUAGAUGACCCAGAAGCAAUUCCUUUAGUCAACCAACCGGGUUCUGAUGGAUUUAAAGUAGACUCAACUCCACUGUUUCAGGUGUCUUUAGGUAGAGAAUGGUAUAUACACACAAUCUACACUGUAAGAUCAAAAGAAAAUGCCAACCGAGGUAUUGGCAAAAGAAGUGUGGAAUACAAGUACCACUCUGUCAUCAGUGGUGGGAAUUCAGUGCAGAUACGCCAGAAGAGAGGGGUCAAAGAAUCUCCAGAACUCGCUAAAGAAAUCGGGAGAGAAAACAACAGAGGAACAAACAUUCAGCACAUAGCCCUAGACCGCACCAAUAAGAAACAGAUUCCCCAGAGGGAAGUUACUGUCAGUGGAAUUCUCCCCAGGGAACUGAAUAACCGCACCCCAGAAGUCAACAUAGUCACAAUCAUUGGUGGAGUUGCAGCUGUUUUCCUCACCAUCUGUUUAGCUGCAAUCAUUAUUUUGCUGUUAAAGCAUAAACAGAACUCAGAGAAGGAAGCUGCGAAGGAAUCAGGCAGUAGUGAGCCAAUGAUGCCACCACAUAAUUACACCAGUGACAGCUCAGAGGUUUGAUGACCAUGAGACAAUACCAUGGGAAUGGAACCAAUCUCCAGAGUGCCUUGAAACAAAAUUGAACUGCACCUUGUUAGCAGAAAGUCACCAUUACCCGCAGGAAUAAAACAUUUCCGUGGCUCUAGAUGUACUUGAAAAUUUUGAUUUGAACUCUUGCUACUAUUCUCAGACACCAAGGAAGAAUCCAAAUGAGCCUCCUGUUUUGUACACUAGGCCAUCCUGACGCCCUUACAUCAUGCACUAGUGUUGAGUGGCACUGCAAGAAACUGCAUUGUGAGGAAGAGCUUUUUGUUUUGGUUUUGUGAGGUGUUUUUGCAUUAAAAAAGAGAAGAAACUUUUCAAAGGUGCUAGUGAGCCCCUCUUUCCAGUCCAAGAGGAAGUCUGCUCUCACUGUCCUCUUGAACACCUAAGAAGUUACAAGGCUUACGCUUUUUAGUCAGGUUUUUAAUUUUUCUCCCAAAGACCUAGGGGUUGCUUGUAGUCUGAAGAGUGGCAAAAUUCCUCAGGCCUAAUUCUUCCCAGGUAUAAAUCUUUUUGCUUCAGUUAAAUUGCACCAAGAAUGAAUUUCAGCCCUUACAUGUAACUGGACUUUUCCAAAAGGCAGCUAGAUUAGACAGUACCACAUUAUAACAAGGCACAUAUCCUGGUAUACAUUUACUUUCUCUUUUGUAGGGAUUUACAAUCAACUCUUUUUUUCUUUAUUUAAAUUUAUAUAAAACCAAAGAAUAUAAUAACGUCCAGAAGGAAGCUUGAUUUUAUAGAAGUAGGACAGUUUUGUCCUCUUAAGUUUAUAAAAGCAUUGUACAACACAUUGUUUUUGUCAGUGCACAUCCCAUUUUGGGAAAUGUGAGCUUUGCUAGCAUUUCAGUGUGUGGAGGAAGAUUAGUGUUAGAUUCAAAGUGCAGAAGACAAAGUUCUGUUUGAACUGAGCCUAGGAGCUGAGAUGUUAAAUCCAGUGAUUAAAAGUUAGUUACCAUGUUAGCAGCAACAAUGUGAAGAAAAAAAAAAAAGCAUUUAUUGGGAGAAAGUAGUAUUUAUUAAAGUUAAUGCAUAAUCAUUGCACCUCUUGAUGAACAUGCUGUUUUUUAUGAGUAACUGUACUUUUGGAAGGAUGAUUCUCUCAGCCAUUUUGGUUCAAUUGUGUUUCACUGAAGUGUUUUUCAGUGCUUAUCUGGCUAAGACAAGAUCCAUCCAAAAGUAUCUUGCCAGCUUCUGGUCCCCAAAAGCUCUGCAAUCUUCAGUCCAUGCUAUGAAAGUUAAACCAGAAUGAGUUCAGGAUCAGACUCCCAGGAUGUUCUAGAAUGGUUUUUUCCCCUACACAGAAUUCUGAAGAGAAGGAGUUUUGUGGGUGGUAUCUUUUAUUGUACCAGCUGUAUGGCUGGGAUAAAUUUAGACAAGCUUUCAAAUGCAGGACCUGAUGGCAAAUGCACUGCAUUCAAGAGCUUGUCCAAACCUAUUCCAACCAUGCAGUUGGUUCAGUAAAAGAUAUCAUCCCCAAAAAUUCAUGCCUUUUUCCAGGACCAAUACAGGUACAUCACUCCAACAGUAUCCCAAAGGAAUAUAUUCCAACCUCUAUUGCUCUGGAUUUACACUGAUUAGAUUCCACUGAUUUAAAAGGAAUGCUCCAGGUUUACCUCAACGUGGAUUAUAUCUGAAUGUAGCCCACUGAUUCGGGUUUCCUUUUUAGAACUGUAUAAUUGAAAGACAGUUUCAGCAAGUAAAUUCCACUCUUAGAGGUAUGUGACCAUAUCCUAUUUAAAUCAGCCUGAGAGCAGAUAAGCCUUCAAUAUUACCGAAAAUAUUUCACUCUUGAAACCAUUAUUCAGAGAAGUCCAAGAAGCAUCCAGUUUACUGUGUCUUUACCCUGCUGAAUUCAUCAUUUAUUUGCUCUUUUAAUCAUAAAAUCAUAAAGAAGUAGGACUGGAAGGGACCUCCAGAGGUCAUCAAGUCCAACUCCUGCCUGAAGCAGGAACAUCCCUAUCCAAACCAUCC